AUGGAACUUUCUCUUCAAAGCCUUAUUAAUAGAUUCCACAUGACUGAGGUCAAGAGGACUAAUGCUUGCAAAGGAUGUAAACCACCUUGUAUUUGUAAUGGUACCAAAGGAGAACGAGGUGUUAUAGGGGUGGGUGGUUUACAAGGGCCACCAGGUCUUCCUGGUUUCCUUGGUCAUGAUGGUCCUAUUGGUCCAAAAGGAGUUUUUGGUAACAUUGGAGAGAAAGGAAGCACAGGAUCUAAAGGCAACAGAGGAGAUCAAGGUGCGCCUGGCAUGAGAGGAGUUCCUGGCAUCCCGGGUCUUCUCGGAUUAACAGGUUCUAAAGGUCAAGCAGGAUUACCUGGUUGCAAUGGAACUAAGGCAACUGCUGGAACUCCUGGCAAGCCUGGUAUUCCUGGACGACCAGGUGAUCGAGGAUCACCUGGUCUUGAUGGUCUUCGGUUAGUGAAUAUACAACCUGGAGAAAUGGGUGAAGUCCUUGUUGGGUUCAAAGGAGAUCCAGGAGAAGAUGGCAUUGAUGAACCUGGCUAUCCUGGUCUAGAAGGUUUUAGAGGAUCAAGAGGAGAUCCUGGUCCUAUUGGACCUAUUGGUCCCCCAGGUAUCAAGGGUGAUGUUGGUGAACCUGGUCUUCAUGGAGACAAAGCUGGACCAGCACUAAAAGGAUUGCCAGGUCCUAAGGGUCUACCUGGAAAACCUGGUAAUUUUGGUGAAAGCAAAGGCAAUCCAUCAGAAAUUAUUCAAGUUAAAGGAGAAAAAGGUGAACCUGGAUACGCUGGUAUAGUUGGAUUGAAAGGAAUGCGUGGUGAUAAGGGUUUUGAUGGCCUAGAUGGCAUAAAAGGCUUCCCUGGAGCUCAAGGACCACCUGGCAGAAGGGGCAAACGAGGCAAGCAAGGUAUAUCUGGAGAAUUUGGUCCUAAAGGUUUUACUGCAGAGAAAGGAUUUCCUGGCAGACCUGGCAUUAAUGGACUGAAAGGGCAAAAAGGUGAAUCAGGAUACCGUGGUCCCAAAGGUAAUCCAGGACCUAUAGGCCCGAAAGGACUUGCUGGGUUUGGCCCAGUUGUUAUUAGAAAGGGAGAAGUUGGGGCUCCUGGACCUCAUGGUAGACAUGGUACAAGCGGUCCAAAAGGUCCACCUGGUGAUAUUGGUUUGCCUGGUUUUCCUGGUGAGCCUGGUGACCCUGGUCUCCCUGGAUUAAUUGGACCACCUGGUUUAGAUGGUUUUUCAUUCAAAGGAGAACGUGGGCCUCCAGGUCUUCUCGGUCUUGAUGGUAAACCUGGUUAUGUAGGACAACGAGGAUUACCAGGAGAAGUUGGAGAACAAGGACCACGUGGUUCAAAUUAUGAAGGACAACCUGGCCUUGAUGGUUUACCUGGGAUUGAUGGUUUAGAUGGUGUGAAGGGUCCUCCUGGAAACCGUGGUGAAAUUGGUAAUAGAGGACCAGCUGGGCGUGGACAAGGUCCUAAAAUUGGAAUUCCAGGACAGAAAGGUACACGUGGAGAUUAUGGAGAACGAGGUCUUCCAGGUCUUCCAGGAAAACCUGGUCUUCCUGGUUUCAAAGGUCACAAAGGUGAUAAUUGUGGCUAUUGCAGUGAUGGUACUCCAGGAGAGAAAGGUGAAAGAGGUCCACCUGGAAGAUUUGGCCUUCCUGGUUUUGAUGGCCCUGAUGGUUCUCCAGGGGAAAGGGGUGAUCUUGGUUACCCUGGUUUGCCUGGCUUAAAAGGAAGAAGAGGAGACAAAGGAAAUGCAGGUUUUCGAGGUCUUGAUGGUUUUGUUGGUGCCAAAGGUGAACCAGGAGAAUAUAUCAUUAGUGAAGUUUUCAAAGGUGAUAGAGGAGAUCCUGGUUUUGAAGGGAUUCCAGGAAGAGAUGGACAACCAGGUGAUGUUGGUCCAAGAGGCCCCCCAGGAUUGCCAGGUUUCCCUGGUUUAAAGGGAGAUGAUGGACCCCCUGGUCUUCCAGGUUUGGAUGGGUUAACAGGAGAACAUGGUAAUUAUGGUUUGGAUGGUUUGCCUGGUGAUUCUAUUCCUGGUUUAGCUGGACAGAAAGGAGAACCAGGAUUACGUGGUUUUGAUUCUAUUGGCAAUAAAGGAGUUAAAGGUGAAAGUGGAGAUGCAAGAGGCUUUGUGUUUAUAAUCAAAGGUGAUCAAGGACCAAUUGGUUUUGAGGGAAUGUCAGGAGAACCAGGUCUUGCAGGCCGUCCAGGUGAUGAUGGUCUUCCAGGUUUUCCUGGUCUUAAAGGUAUGGCUGGUCAACCUGGGCUGGAUGGACUUCCAGGUAGUAGAGGACUUUCUGGUAAACCAGGUUAUCCUGGCAUGCCAGGUGAUAAUGGACCUGCAGGAUUACCUGGCAUUGCUGGUCUUCCUGGUCAAAGAGGUGAUCCAGGAUUUGAUGGUUUAAAGGGAGAGCCAGGAGAAGGUUUUCUUGGUACAUUGAUAAGAGGAAUUCCUGGCCCACGUGGUGAAAAUGGAAUUCCAGGUCCAAGAGGACCUGAUGGCAUACCUGGCUUACCAGGCUUGCCUGGACCAAAAGGUUUACCUGGAUUUCCUGGAGAAGAAGGCUUCCCUGGUAAACCUGGACUCCCAGGAGACUCUCUGCCUGGAAAAGAUGGUUUAGUUGGACUCCCUGGACCAAAUGGAGAAAAUGGGCUUGAUGGUCUUCCCGGUAUUGCUGGAGAUGAUGGAAUUCCUGGUACCAGUUUUCCAGGUCUACCUGGAGAAGAUGGAAGACCUGGUCUUCCAGGUGUUGAUGGGAGAAAUGGCCUACCUGGUUUUCGUGGUCGACAAGGUCCUGAUGGGCCUGUUGGUCUUAAUGGUUUUGAAGGAAUGAAAGGAGAAAGGGGUGAGGAUGGAAAGUUUGGUAAAGAUGGUUUAGAUGGUUUUCCUGGUUUGAAUGGUGUUAAAGGGGAUGCUGGAAAUCCUGGUACCCCAGGUACUGAUGGCCUUGAUGGUAAACCUGGGCCAAAUGGAAGGCGAGGAGACCCAGGCUUUCCUGGACUUAUAGGUGAACCUGGAGAUCCUGGUCGAUCUGUAGAGCCUGCUGAGAAAGGAAAUUCUGGUCUACCAGGUAUUUCUGGGAUCCCUGGACAGCCUGGUAUUGAUGGACUUAAUGGCUUACCCGGAUUAAAAGGACAACCGGGAGAUUCAUAUCCAGGCAUUAAAGGCAAAGCUGGUCUACCUGGUCUACCUGGCCUUCCAGGUGUUGAUGGUCAACAAGGGCCAAAAGGAGCUAGAGGAGAUUUUGGAUUGCUUGGCAUUGAUGGACGCCCUGGUGAAGCAGGCCGAGAUGGUCUUCCAGGAUUGCCAGGUACAGAUGGUGUCAAUGGCUUGAAGGGUGAAAGAGGAUUUAAUGGUCUGCCAGGAAUUGAUGGAAUACCUGGAAUACCGGGUGAUGAUAGCUUUCCAGGAUUGAAAGGCCGUAAGGGUGAAUUUGGUUCAAUUGGUCGCCAAGGUCUCCCUGGAAUUCGUGGUGACAAGGGCAUUCGAGGGGAUGAUGGUUUAGAUGGUUUGCCUGGCAUGACAGGCUCCAAUGGAAUACCUGGAGAACAGGGUAUUAAUGGCAUUAAUGGCUUACCUGGUUUGAAAGGGGAACCUGGAAGUCCUGGUGUCUCUGGUUUGACUGGUCUAAAAGGUCGUAAAGGCCCCAGAGGUGUACUAGGUAUUAAAGGAACAAAAGGUACUUAUGCACCACCACCCAUUCUAAGCCCACUUGAUCAAACUCUACUUCAAGGAGAGAAAGGUUUCCAAGGUAUUGCUGGAGUUAGAGGUGAUCCAGGAGGUGUUGGUUUGAAGGGUUUGCCUGGUUUACCAGGAUUUCCUGGAGAGCCAGGUGAAGUAUUACCUGGCAGAAAAGGAGUGCCAGGGGAAAAUGGCUUCAGAGGAAUUCCAGGAGAUCCAGGUUUACCUGGGCGUGAUGGACAAUCUGGGAUUGAUGGUUUGGAUGGACUCGGAGGAAAUGCUGGUUUUCCUGGCUUUCCUGGUAUUGUUGGCUUGCCUGGCUUACCAGGAGAUGUUGGUCUACCUGGGCGUCCUGGAUAUGAUGGUCUUCCUGGAUCACCUGGUCGUAAAGGUGAUCCAGGAUUCCCUGGUCUUAUUGGACAAAAAGGUGAAUCUGGUGAUCGGGGAUAUGAUGGAAGACCAGGACUUGAUGGAUUGCCAGGUCCCAAAGGGGAUAUUGGUUAUCCUGGAGAACCUGGCUAUGCUUCCAAUCAAGAACCCGGUGCUGUUGGUGACCCUGGUGUGACUGGAUCAAGAGGACAACCAGGAUUAAAAGGAAUACAAGGUGAUAGAGGACCUUCUGGAAUCCCUGGAUUGCCAGGAGAAAGAGGAAUUGUAGGUUUUCCAGGCAAUGACGGACUUCCUGGAUUGGACGGUAGACAUGGUUUUGAUGGCAUUGAUGGUUUACCUGGUCUUGAUGGUGCUAUUGGCCUGCCUGGAGAUGAAGGACCUCCAGGAGCAGAUGGAGAUAACUUGGGUAUUUUAUUUGCCAGGCAUAGCCAAAAUACGCAAAGUCCUGAUUGCCCUGGAAGGUCAGUGAAAUUGUGGGAUGGCUACUCUCUACUUUUCUUAAUCGGUAAUGGGCGUUCAGCAGCACAAGAUUUAGGAAAGCCUGGCAGUUGUCUGAGACGAUUCAACACAAUGCCAUUCAUGUUCUGUAAUUUGAAUAACAGAUGUACUUUGUCAUCAAGAAAUGAUUACAGUUAUUGGCUAUCUACCCCAGAACCCAUGACUCCAAUGAUGAACCCAAUUAAAGGCAUGGAUAUCAGGCCUUACAUAAGCAGAUGCUCUGUUUGUGAGACUUCAUCACAAGUCAUUGCUGUACAUAGCCAGACAAUUAUGAUUCCUGACUGUCCUCCUGGAUUCCAAAGCAUGUGGAUUGGUUACAGUUUUAUUAUGCACUCAAGUGGAGCAGCUGAAGGUACUGGGCAACCCCUUGAGUCUCCUGGUUCUUGCAUUGAAGAGUUCCGUAACCAACCAUUCAUUGAAUGCCAAGGGAGUCGAGGCUCAUGUAAUUAUUACUCAACAUCUAUUGCUUUCUGGAUGGCCACUAUAGACAGAUCUACACAAUUCUCUCAGCCUUUGGGAGAAACGCUCAAGGCUGGUGAUCAGAGACGCAGAGUCAGUCGAUGCCAAGUGUGUAUGAGGGUAACAUCCUAA